AUGUUUCAGCCUCAUCCUCGAGACAUGGUACAAAAAGUGGUCCAAGCUAAUAGGGAGCACCAAAAUGCUUUAAAGGUCUAUGCAGAAAGAAUAGAGGCGGAGCUCGAGGGUGUAUCGAAAUUACUGGCGGCUGCCGAAGUAUCAGAAAACGAGGAUGAAUUGGACAUCAACGCAGGCGGUACAGUAGUUAUUCCUGAGUCCGUGAAGGCAACAGGUCCUGUCUCCUCUAAUGACCUGCUCGCAGAGGGACGAUCACUCUUUUUCAAAGAAGCCAUGAAACGCGAACGUUAUAUGGAGUCCAUUGUGGUUCACCAAUGGAAACCUGCUGAAUUGGAUAUCCUUCGUGACUCUGUUCGGUCGGAGAAUCGUCGCAUUUACGCUGUUCAGGCUCAAAUGAGGUGCAUGUUUCUCUUAAAGUUGACGCUAUGGAAUGAUCCGACUAAUGGCAACAGAGGGCAACAAACAUUUUCCUUCGUCGAUGCGCAAUCCCCUGAGUUCUUCGAGCAAAACACGACAAACAUUGACUGGGAUCGUGUUGCCAUGAAGGUCUCCUCUUCGAACACAUCCUGCGUGCAACGGUCUGCAAAAGAAUGUGAGAUCCGGUGGCUGGGAGAACAUCACCCCCAGUUUAACCGUACGCAGUGGACGCAGUCGGAAAUUGAUCGGUUAAGAGACCUACUCGGUAACGUAGUUGAGGGACAGAUUGACUGGUCAGAUAUUGCGGCAAAACUUGGUACAGGUCGCACACCAGUCGACUGUAUGCGCCACGGUAUCAUUCGCCGCACUCAUAGCUGGACACCAGAAGCAGAUGAGCGGCUGAUGCAAGCGGUAUAUAUAUACGGAACGGACACCUGGAGUCUGGUUGCAAGGUAUGUAUCCGAAGAUGCGACGCCACAACAGUGUCAAAAUCGCUACACUCGUACCCUAGAUCCAGAUAUCAAGCGAGGACCAUGGACGACAGGAGAAGAUGACAUGCUGCGACGUGCUGUUGCUGUUCUAGGGCAUUCAUGGUUAGACGUCGCUUCCUUCAUUCCAGGCCGAAGCAAUGAACAAUGUCGCGACCGCUACCAAGAAUAUGCAAGUCCAACUGUUGCUAAAGGGAGAUGGACAGAAGAAGAAGAUCAUGCCCUUCUGAAGGUGGUGGAUCAAGCGGGAGAUGUGAGCUGGAAGGAAAUUAGCAAGCUGUUAGGCAGUGGACGAACAGACAAUAUGUGCCGAAACCGCUAUGCCACCCUGAUGAAAAAGAAACAGCAGACACCCGCCGCUGCCGAUCCCUCUAAUCUAUAUGCUCACGUAGAGCACUCGGAACCGCCUAGAAAUACGGAUACGUCUGAUCUUGCCAUAGCUUCAGUUUCUCUUCAGAACUCGGAAUCCCCAGCUACCAUGUUACCCUCGGAUCCUACUUCAGAAAGGGCGGAGCCAACACCUGGGUCCCGUCCUCGUCCUCGACCCAAGCCUAGAACGCGUCUCAAGAAUGUUGGAGAUGACCACCAGGUAAUAGGAGAGUAUGGAAUGACAAGCGAUGCUGUCACGAAUACUUCCACAGAAAACAUGACAACGAGUGCAGCCCUUCCAGUGGAAGCCGCAACAGACUCUGGACAAUUUGCGGUAGCACCCGCAAAGAGACCCCGUGGACGUCCAAGACAGGCUAAGAAAAGAUCCUUGCUUGAUGAUAAGGCUGACAAGCCUCCACCCAAGAGGCGCAGAAGAGCAUCACACAGUAUCGGUUCCGCACCAGAUACCCCGAGUAUGAGUCAAGAGUCUGCUACCUCGCGAAGACCACGAGCACGGAAGCAAAAGCAACCACAGGACCCUGUCAACAUGGAUGCUGGAGAAGACCUUGCAAUUUCUCAAACUGCCGGUAGGAGUGAGAAUCUCUCGCCUGCACUAAAUGAGACUGCCCAAGAAGUGAUCAUAUCUGGUACAAAUGAGUCUGCGGUGAAAGCCAGGGGGACAGAUGGUGCUUCAGUACUAGAGCAACAUCCUCGAACACCUCCCUCGCCUGCUACUCUGGCUACCGCCUCCAUUGAACCAAUGAGAACGACUACAAGAAAUGUUGGGCAGACUAGUUCUGCUGGCUCCCGGACACGAGGACGCACAACAUCCAAAGUCACACCGAACAAGCAAUCUCUGGAGAAUCCUUCAGAUGUAAAAGACCUCGGUGAUUUAUCUUCUGAGUUAUCCUCGCCUCCGCCUUCGCCUUGA